UGAUGAAGCAGUGAAAAGCUCGUAGUAGUUGGUUGAACUCAUCCUUCCUCCGCAUCUGUCAGUCACGAACACAGAGAGGAGAGUGAGUGAAACUCUGUUGGAUACGCUCACAGACACAAACACACACUGUCACUGUCACCAUGGCCUCCGCAGAACUUGCACUUCUGAGUGUUUCUGAUAAAACUGGACUGGUGGACUUCGCUAAAAGGCUGGUGGACGUGGGCUUGUCUCUGGUGGCCUCAGGUGGCACCGCCAAAGCCCUGCGCGAUGCUGCACUGGCUGUCAGGGAUGUGUCCGAGCUGACUGGACACCCAGAGAUGCUUGGAGGCAGAGUGAAGACCCUGCACCCUGCUGUCCAUGGAGGCAUCCUGGCCAGGAAAACCCCCACGGACACUGCAGACAUGGAGAAGCUGGGCUACAGCCUGGUCAGAGUGGUGGUGUGCAAUCUCUACCCAUUUGUGAAGACCGUCUCCAACCCAAAUGUUACAGUGGAGGAUGCUGUGGAGCAGAUUGACAUUGGCGGAGUAACUCUGCUGAGAGCAGCAGCCAAGAAUCACGCUCGAGUCACUAUUGUGUGUGAUCCUGCUGACUAUUCGCUGGUUGCCAAGGAGAUGGAGGAUUCAGGGGACAAAGACACAAACCUGGACACCCGCAGGACUCUGGCCCUCAAAGCCUUCACACACACGGCACAGUAUGAUGAUGCCAUAUCGGACUACUUUCGCAGACAGCACAGUGCUGGCGUUUCCCAGCUGUCUCUGCGUUACGGCAUGAACCCCCACCAAGCACCAGCCCAACUCUUCACGCUCCGUCCAGCCCUGCCCCUCAAAGUGGUCAACGGUUCCCCUGGUUUUAUCAACCUGUGUGACGCUCUCAAUGCCUGGCAGCUGGUCAGAGAGUUGAAGAACGCUCUUGGCAUCGCUGCUGCCGCCUCCUUCAAACACGUCAGCCCUGCAGGAGCUGCAGUCGGAGUUCCUCUGACUGAGGAAGAAGCCAAAGUCUGUAUGGUCCACGACAUGUUGACGGAUCUCACACCUCUGGCCACGGCCUACGCCAGGGCAAGAGGUUCAGACAGAAUGUCGUCAUUUGGAGACUUCAUUGCCGUGUCAGACGUGUGCGACGUUCCAACCGCCAGGAUUAUUUCCAGAGAGGUGUCUGAUGGUAUCAUUGCUCCUGGUUACGACGAGGAGGCGCUGAAGAUACUCUCCAAAAAGAAGGGUGGAAAAUACUGUGUGCUUCAGAUGGACCCAGACUAUGAGCCUGAUGAGUCUGAGGUGAGAGUGCUGUUUGGUCUACGUCUCAAACAGAAGAGGAACGGAGCUCUUAUUGAUAAGGAGUUCUUCAGCAACGUCGUUUCCAAGGGCUCGCUCUCCGAGGAAGCAGUGCGCGACCUCACUGUGGCCACUAUCGCCGUCAAGUACACUCAGUCCAACUCUGUCUGCUAUGCUAAAGAUGGACAGGUGAUUGGAAUCGGCGCAGGUCAGCAGUCUCGUAUCCACUGCACGCGCCUGGCGGGUGACAAAGCUGACAACUGGUGGCUGAGACACCACCCGCGCGUUCUGGACAUGAAAUUCCGCAGUGGUGUGAAACGGGCAGAGAUGGCCAAUGCAAUCGACCAGUACGUCAGUGACACCAUUGGAGAGGGUCCAGACUUGGCCGUGUGGAAGUCCAUGUACGACGAGGUGCCUGAGCCUCUGUCCGAGUCCGAGAAGAAGAAGUGGGUCGGCUCGCUGCAGGCCGUGGCCGUCAGCUCGGACGCCUUCUUCCCCUUCAGAGACAACAUAGACCGCGCCAAACGGAGCGGCGUCGACUACAUCGCAGCUCCGGCCGGCUCUGCCGCGGACGAGGUCGUGAUUAACGCCUGUAACGAGCAAGGCAUCACUCUGGUGCACACCAACCUGCGGCUCUUCCACCACUGAGCACCUUGCCGUGCUCUCAGUUAGGCGUCCGUUGCAAUGGUUGGAAUCUUCUAACGUCACUGAUACUCACAACAUUCCCACUCUGAAGAGGUUACGUAACGCAUUAACCGCCUCCCUAAACUGGGAUCUAAACACUAGAGCGGUACUGUAACUGUUAUUUGUAGGUCAUGUGUCGGUGUUGAAUAAACUGUUAAUAACUGUUAA